AUGAUCGAAACAGUAAAGUAAUUAUUUAUAUAAUAAAAAGAUUUUUUUAAUUUUUUUACUUUGAGGCAAAUAUUCAUGAAUCAAGGUUCUCUGCUCGAAAUCGAAGCGCCAGUCAAAAUUUGCGGCGAUACGCAUGGCCAAUUUAGUGGUAAUUAAGAAAAAAGCGAGAGAAAAAGAAAAAAAAAAACUGGAAAACGUGAAAAUGGAAAAAAAAGUACGCUGGAGCACCGUUUGGCGGAGUGUCGUUUGGGAAAUUUCGAUUUUUUGUUUUUUUCUUUCUUUUUCUCUUUUUUUUUGAUUUUUUUUGUGUUGUAUGAGUUUUAAUAAACUUUUCCUUUUUAAAGAUGUGCUGCGACUGUUCGAAAAGGGUGGUUUCCCACCAUUGGUCAACUACUUGUUUCUCGGCGACUAUGUCGAUCGCGGACAGCAAAGCAUAGAAGUCGUUUCUCUUUUCCUGGCUUAUAAGGUGGGAUUUUCUUGUUAUAAAGAAAAUGAACAGAUAAAAAUAGGUAAAAUACCCGGGGAACUUCUUCCUGUUGCGAGGAAACCACGAAUGCGCCGCCAUCAAUCGCGUCUACGGGUUCUACGACGAAUGCUGCCGUCGGUACAAGACGGCCGGUCCAGAGCUUUGGCUAGCUUUUCAGGUCUUUUCAAGUCAAUUUGGUCGUUCAAAAACGUUUUGCAAUCAAUUUUGUGCUUGAAAAUUGCAAAUUUCAGGUUUUUUUUCUAUAAUUUUUCUGAAAAAGUGGUUUACGUAUUGAAAAAGCCAGCAAUGACUUGAAAUAACAGCAAAAGCGGACCUUUCCAAGGAAUUUUGAACAUACUCCUGUUAACAAUGGUGUUAUCAUUUUUCAUGUAUUCAAGUUUAUUUGUUCAUUAGACACUGUAAUCAAUUUUCUGCAUGUAGGAAGUUCAUUUCAAUGCAUUUAUUGUACACCAAAACGCCUUCAAUCUCAUUUUUCAGGCGGCCUUCGCCACGAUGCCACUAACAGGUCUCGUGUCAAACCGAAUUCUGUGCAUGCACGGCGGCAUCAGCAGCAGGGUUCCUACGCUACCUACCGUACUCUAAAAUAGCUUUAAAUCAGAUGAAAUCUCUGAACGACCUGAAACGACUUCGGUCGAAGCCCAUCGACAUCGUCGACAAUCCUUCGCUGGCCAUGGACCUUCUUUGGGCCGAUCCCGAUGAAACUAUCUCGGUGGGGGAACUAUAUUCAGAACGCCAUAGUGGCCCCUAUAGGGUUUAGGGGGAAAAAGAGCCCUUUUAGGGGAAUAUACAGUGCUCCCUAGAGGGGUUAAGCUUGAGUGGUAUUUAUAAGAGUUUAGGAGCUGAAUUUUAAAAAUUAAAGUUUCAUUAGUUCCCUAAAACGACGUAUAGGUGCCACUAGCAUGCUCCCCUAGAGUGAACACUAGUUAAAAGCCCUGGAGUGGCUGCUUUUGCAAGCUUAAGUGUCCUCUAUAGAGGAAGGUGAUUUGGUCUCUUCAAGUGAACCUACAAAAGCCCCUAAAGUAGCUCCUCUAGAGACCCCUCUGAAGCUCCUAGAACUGCUCACUAAUGAAACAUUUCUCGCGCUACCGUAACCUUCCCUACAGUCUCCCCCAAUUUUCAGGGCUUCGAGGAGAACACCCGCGGCGUGUCCUACGUCUUCGGAGCCGACGUCCUCCAGGAGAUGAUGCGGAAAUUGGAACUCGACCUGGUCGUCCGGGCUCAUCAGGUGCUGCGUGCGGUCGCGUCGCGGUUAACAUGACGUCAUUCCAGGUAGUCCAAGACGGCUACGAGUUCUUCGCCAACAAGAAGCUGGUGACCGUAUUCUCGGCUCCUCAUUACUGUGGAUCGUUUAAUAACGCCGCCGCCAUGAUGAACGUCGACAGGACUUUGGUCUGCUCUUUUCAGGUCGGAAGGGGUUACUGUAAUUUUUUUUUAAAAAGUACGGUAAUAUCGGUAAAGAAGGCCAGAUUGAGCACGAAAAAGUCAUAUUUUUUGAUUAAAUUAGGUUGAAUCGAGGUGAAAAGGAUUACUGUAGUUUAAUAUUAUAGUAACUGUGAUCGACUGAGAUUACCGUAUUUUACUUUGAAGCACAAGGGGAUACUGUAGUUUAUCGAUAUUUUAAAGGCUGAUAUCAUUCUAACAUAAAGAUCUUUUUACACCAAGCGGUCCUGUAGGAAAAAUAAUAGUUACCGUAACCGAAAUGAUUCCAAAAGUCUACAGUAUGAUGGUCUGGAUACGGUGGUUCCUUUAAUUUUUUCUUUUCUAGUAAAAUUUGCAGAAUAAAAAAAAUUUUGUAAGGAGUGUUUUAACGACUUUUCUGUUAGUGGAAGAAAAUGCGAAACCAAAAACGAAGUGGGCGGAGUCAAAAACUCUGUCGCUCCCACGUGACGUCAUGGGAAUGCUAGAAAUACUAAAAGCGUAAACAAAUGGGCUUAUUAAAGGCGCAGGCGGCCGUAUUGCCAGAGGUCUUUGAGACGAAUGCUCUAUACAUAAACAAAACUUUUCUGCGCAAAAGCGGCUCAGUGCAUGCACACAACACACGACACUUUACGGAAAAGUCGAAAAAAAAACGCCGUUUACUGUUACAGUAGUUGAAAAGUUCAAGAGAGCCUCAAAAACCCUUCAGUGACCACUUGAGGGAUCAACUUUUCAGGUGGAAAAAAACGCCGUGUACUGUUACAGUAGUUGAAAAAUUCAAGAGAGCCUCAAGGACCCUCCAGUGACCACUUGAGGGAUCCACUUUUCAGGUGGAAAAAAACGCCGUGUACUGUUACAGUAGUUGAAAAAUUCAAGAAAGCCUCAAGGACCCUCCAGUGACCACUUGAACUUUUCAGGUUAUGCGAGCCGUCGUGAAGGUCGUGAAGUCGAGAGAAUGA